AUGUCUACUUUGAUGAGGCCCAAUAAUAGUUCGGACCUGAAGAGUUUCCCUAGUCCCAUUACGUCACAAAGUAAUCCUUCAUCAAGUUCAUUUAUGAAUGAAAUGUGUUGCCAGGCUCCACCAGCCUUCUAUUCAGUGAAACCCAUCCAGCAUAAAUCAGAGAUAAUCAACAGCCAGCCUCUUCCCAUAUCAGACAAUGGCAAAAGGAGAAAAAAAAAGAGAACAAGAGCUACAGAUCAUUUCCCUGGAAGGUUUGAAGAUUUGUACCAGCUCACUGCAGAGAUGCUGGGUGAAGGCUCCUAUGCCAAGGUACAGGGAGCACUUAGCUUGCAGACUGGAAAGGAAUAUGCAGUUAAGAUAAUUGAAAAAAAUGCUGGACAUAGUCGGAGUCGGGUAUUUCGAGAGGUAGAAACCUUGUAUCAGUGUCAGGGCAAUAAGAACAUUUUGGAAUUAAUAGAGUUUUUUGAAGAUAAUGUAAGAUACUACCUUGUGUUUGAAAAACUGCGAGGAGGCUCUAUCCUGACUCAUAUACAGAAGCAAAAGCACUUUAAUGAGAGGGAGGCCAGCCAGGUGGUGAGAGACAUUGCCUGCGCUUUGAAUUUCUUGCACACAAAAGGUAUCGCACAUCGAGAUCUGAAGCCUGAAAAUAUACUCUGUGAAUCUCCCAAUAAGGUAUCACCUGUAAAAAUUUGUGACUUUGAUCUUGGAAGUGGGGUGAAACUCAAUAGUGCAUGCACUCCAAUCUCCACUCCUGAACUGACUACUCCGUGUGGGUCUGCAGAGUACAUGGCACCAGAGGUGGUGGAGGUCUUCACAGAGGAAGCCACAUUCUAUGACAAGCGAUGCGAUCUCUGGAGCCUAGGUGUGAUUUUGUAUAUCAUGCUAAGUGGCUACCCUCCAUUUGUGGGUAAUUGUGGUACAGACUGUGGCUGGGACAGGGGAGAAGUCUGCAAAGUUUGUCAGAGUAAGCUUUUUGAGAGUAUCCAGGAAGGCAAGUAUGAGUUUCCUGACAAGGAUUGGUCCAGCAUCUCCGGUGAAGCCAAAGAUCUCAUCUCAAAGCUCUUGGUUCGUGAUGCCAAACUGAGGCUUGGCGCUGCCCAGGUUCAAGAACAUUCCUGGGUACAAGGCCAUGCUUCUGAAAGAGGAUUGCCUACACCCCAAGUUCUUCAAAGGAACAGCAGCACAAAAGAGUUGACUCUUUUUGCUGCUGAAGCCAUUGCUCUGAACCGCCAACUCUCCCAGCAUGAAAAUCAACUCAGUGAAGAACAGGAAAGUCUCACACAGGCCAUAUGCUCCAUGAAGCUUUCUCCUCCCUCUAAAUCCCGCCUGGCUAAGCGUAGAGCCACGGCUCAGGCUACCAAAUCCACUGACUUCCAGCCAGCUCCUCAGGCAGCUCUUUAAUGU